AUGACAAAUCCAAGUGUCUUAGACCUUACUUUAGCCACAGAUUCAGUAUCUCCCUAUAUCACUGAUUGGCAAGUCCUCCCUGAUCUUGGAUCAGACCACUUAAGCAUUCUCUUUGAAGUAAAGGGCACUUUAUCCCGUACAACGAAUAUAGCUCAGCCAGCAAGAUUCAACACAAAACUUGCGGAUUGGGAAAAAUUCGCGAAUACCCUCAAAUCGAAAAUAUCGAUAUCAACCACCUUAAAUUCGAGUGAAUACCUUAAUAUCGCUACCUCAGAAUCCAACUCUCUUGAUUCCCUUCUCGACAAGAGCCAAUACAUACAAGUAUUGGAUGAAGCUGCAAAAGAAUUCACCCGAAUAAUCACUUAUUCGGCUGAAACCAGUAUACCGAGAAUCAAGUCCACAAAAAGAGCUAAACCCUGGUGGUCCCCAGAGCUGAAAGCCCUUCGAAAACGACUCUCUAAUGCAUUUGAGAACGCCAAGCUUUACCCGGAAGACGAUAUGUUCAAGAAAAUCUACCAGUCAGCCAGGAAUCAUUACUUCCAAGCUAUUAAAACAGCAAAGAAAAACUAUUGGAAUGAGUUCCUUGAAAAAGAGGAUACCCAAUCCAUAUUCAAGGCAAUGUCAUACACAAAAGAUAUACAAACCGAACGAAUCCCGAAUAUUCGAUCCAAUCCCUCUAAACUAGAAAAUUCUUUCGAGGGAAAAUGCUCUGCAUUUAGAUCGACCCUAUUUCCUCCUCCUCCAUUCACCCCAUCGCCCAAUUGGGAAAGCUAUAAACAAUCUAAGAAAUGGGAAUGGCCUGAUCUUAUAGAGAGCGAACUCCUAAACGCGUGCUCUGCAAAAAUCAAAGGAAAGACCCCUGGCCCCGAUGGGAUCACUCAAGAUAUCAUUAUUCAAGCGUACAAAGCAAUACCAAAAGCAUUCUUCACCCUCUUCAGUCAUCUUAUCAACCUUGGUUACCAUCCUUCUUGCUGGAAACAAGCCACUGGAGCGAUACUCAAGAAACCUUCAAAACCAGACUAUUCGGCCCCAAAAGCUUAUAGAGUUAUCGCCCUACUAAAUUGCCUUGGCAAGAUAAGUGAAAGAAUUCUGGCUUAA